AUGGCACGCCCGUAUGAAGGCAAGCUCGCCAUCGUCACCGGCGGCUCACGAGGCAUUGGGGCGGCAGUGGCCAGGCGUCUAGCAGCCAAGGGCAGCAACGUCCUCAUCACCUUCACCUCGGAUUCCUCCAAGGACCUCACGCGGCAGCUCGUCGACGAGCUGUCCUCCAAGCACGGCGUCCACGUCCAGUCCGUGCAGACGGACCUCGCCCAGGCCUCGGCCGCGGCGCCCAUCAUCGUCGAGGCCGCGCGGGCGCUGUUUAACAGCUACAGCUCCCCCGACAAGAAAUUCCAGGUCGACAUGCUCAUCAACAACGCGGGGGUGUCGUCGAACCAGUUCCUCAACGACGCGGAAAGGGGCCCCAUCGUCGAGGCCGAGUUCACGCGCGUCUACGCCAUCAACGUGCUGGCGCCGCUGCUCCUGACGCAGGCCGUGGCGCCUCACCUGCCGACGGACCGCUCGGGCCGCAUCGUCAACGUGUCGAGCGUGUCGGCGUCCAUCGGCUACCUGGGCCAGAGCGUCUACGCCGGCAGCAAGGGCGCGCUCGAGGUCAUGACGCGGACGUGGGCGCGCGAGCUGGGCGAGCGGGCGACGGUCAACUCGGUCAACCCGGGCCCCGCCUGGGGCGACAUGUACGCCGAGGCCGGGCCGGCGUUCUGGAGGCGCAACCAGCCGUACGUGGACGCGGCGCCGCUCAUGGCGUACGGCGGCGAGGCCGAGGUGCUGCGGAGGGCGGGCGCCGAGGCGGACCGGUUCGACCGGCUGGUGAGGGAGCAGAUGGGCGGCAGGAGGCCCGGCUUCACGGACGAGAUUGCGGGCACGGUUGACAUGCUGUGCUCGGCGGAGAGCGGGUGGACGACGGGGAGCGUCGUGUGCGCCAACGGGGGGAUGCGCAUGUCGAUUGCGUAG